GCAAGUCGUUUCGUGCCUCGAGAGAAAUGAAAGUGGCAGGUAUCAACUACUAUGAGCACGUGCUGGACAUACGCCGGGUUAUAGACGAGGCUCAGGUGCAGGACUGCGACGAGGCGCUGAACAUAUGCGAUCUGUCCAGUGUGGAGCGCAAGUUCCGCUUGUGGCAACAGCAGCUGCCCCGCAUCAAGCCCUACUAUGCCGUCAAGUGCAACGACGAUCCGCGGAUUGUUCAAAUUCUGGCCGGGCUGGGCGCGGGCUUCGAUUGCGCUUCCAAAAAUGAGCUCAAGCUGGUGCUGGACUGUGAUGUGUCGCCCGAGCGCAUCAUCUUUGCCAAUCCUUGUCGUCCCAUCAGCCACCUGGACUACGCCAAGCAGCGCCAGGUGCUCAAGGGUACCGUGGACAAUGAGUUUGAGAUUUACAAGCUGCACAAGCAUUAUCCCAAUUCCAAUCUGAUUGUUCGCUUCAAGUCGGAGGCAAAGGCCGCGCAGUGCCCGCUGGGCGAUAAAUUUGGUUGCGAUGCGGACAUUGAUGCCUCGGCCUUGAUGCUGCUGGCCAAAGCUUUGGAUUUGACAGUAACAGGCACCAGCUUUCACGUUGGCUCCGGCUGCACUGAAUUGGAGGCCUACGAGCGUGCCAUCAAGAAGGCCAAAAACAUAUUCAAAUUUGGCGAACUGUUGGGCUACGAUCUGAAGCUAUUGGAUAUUGGCGGUGGUUUUCCGGGCAGCGAUGAUGAGCAGUUCGUAAAGAUAGCUGCCAAUGUGAAUCGCGCCGUACAGAGGCAUUUUGCCGAUGAGCGCAUUGAGAUAAUCGCCGAGCCGGGUCGCUUCUUUGUGGCCGCCGCAUAUACACUGGUCUGCAAGGUUCAUGCCAAGCGCGAGGUGCGCAAUGCGGCCGGCAAGCUGGACACUGUGAUGUACUAUCUGAACGAUGGGGUCUACGGCUCCUUCAACUGCAUACUCUACGACCAUCAGCUGGUCACAGCGCAGCAUUAUCUGGAGGGAGCCGAGUCCUUGCCCACAUUCAAGAGCCUGAUCUGGGGUCCCAGCUGUGAUGCGCUGGACAGAAUAUCUGAGAAUCUGCGUUUGCCCAACCUGAAUCGUGGCGAUCUGCUGGGCUUUCCGAAUAUGGGCGCCUAUACGGUGCCCAUAGCGAGUGCUUUUAAUGGUUUUCCCCUGCCCAGGACCCUCUACUUUCAGGCCAUAUGACUAAGGGUUGUCGCAUAUCAA